AUGGCUCAAGAAUUAGCUAUGGCUGUUGGCACUGAAGUUGUAAAAGAGGCUACAUCAGAUAUAUAUGGUUUGCUUAAACAGCAGAUCUCUUAUGUGUUCAAGUACCAGAACUACAUCAACGGCCUCAAGAAUCAAGUUCAAGAGGUCAGAUAUAAAAGAGAAAUGGUGCAGAGACCUGUAGAGUCUGCUGAAAGACGAGGGGAAGAGAUUUAUGAAGUUGUUACAAAAUGGUUGAGUGACGUGGAUGAGUUCACUGAAGGGGUAGCAAAAUCCAUCAUUGAGGAUGAAGAUAAAGCUUACAAGGGCUGUUGUUUCAAACUGGGGUCAUGUCCUAAUUUGAUUCAACGUUACAGGCUUGGCAAAAAAGCAAUGAAGGCCAAAAUGGAUGGCACCGAUCUCUGUGGAAAGGGGGACUUCAGUAGUGUUUCCUACCUUCCUCCUCUACAGAAGACAAAAUCCAUGUAUGUUGGAAGCUACGAGGCCUUUGAUUCUAGAAAGCAAGUUUUGCAGGAAAUUAUCAACACAUUGAAGGAUGCUAAUGUUAACAUGAUUGGGGUGUACGGGAUGGGAGGUGUGGGCAAAACCACACUGGUGAAACAAGUAGCUUGGCUGACCAAAGAAAACAAGUUAUUUGAUGAGGUGGCUGUGGCUGAGGUAACACAAAACCCAGACUACAAAAAAAUUCAAGAACAAAUUGCUUUUGAUUUAGGCCUGGAAUUUGGGCAGGAGAGUGAAUAUCAGAGAGCUGGUUUACAACGAAAUAGGAUAAAGAAGGAGAAGAAUGUACUUGUAAUAUUCGAUAAUAUUUGGACGAAAGUCGACUUAGAUGCAAUUGGAAUUCCUUUCAGGGGAGCUGAGAAACAAGGAAAAGAUGACAAGAUAAGGCGAUGCACGGUAUUGCUAACUUCUAGAAAUCUGGAUGUAUUAUACAAAGAUAUGAACACUCAGAAGAACAUCUCUAUUCGUCCUUUAUCUUUUGGAGACUCAUGGAAUUUGUUUCGAAAGAUGGUGGGUGAUUCUGCAGAAAGCCCUGAUUUUCAUCCUGUAGCAAUUCAGAUAGUUACAAAAUGUGCAGGUCUACCGGUUGCAAUUUCAACAAUUGCAAAUGCAUUGAAAAAUGAGAGUCUUCACGCUUGGAAAGACGUCUCUGCUCAACUAAACAGGUCCAAUCCAAGAUGCAUUCUAGAUAUGGAUGAAACUUUGUACUCUACUAUAGAACUAAGUUACAAUUUUUUGAAAAAUGAGGAAGCAAAAACACUGUUUCUUCUUUGUGCUCUAAAAGAUGCAGGCAAUAAUAUGUUCAUUGAUGACUUAUUGAAAUAUACUGUGGGUUGGAGUUUGUUUCGAGAUGUUUAUACAUUGGAAGAAGGAAGGAAUAGAUUGCAUAGGUUGAUAGAUCAUCUGAAAGCUUCUUGUUUAUUGUUGGAUGACGAUGACGACGCAGUUAAAAUGCAUGACAUUAUUCAUGCUGUUGCUAUAUUGAUUGCAGCAACAGAUAAGUUAAUGUUUAAUAUUCAAAAUGUCAAUACCUUGAAGGAAGUACUGGAGAAGAAAAAAGAUUCAACUGCUAUAGUUGUGCCGUCUGGAGAUAUUUAUGAUGAGCUUCCCGAAAAGUUGGAUUGUCCAAAACUCAAGUUCUUUUUUCUAGAUAUGAAUAACAAAAAUCUACAAAUCCCAUAUGUCUUUUUCGAAGGAAUGAAAGAAAUCAAAGUUUUAGAUUUGACUAGAAUGCAUCUCUUGUCAUUACCUUCAUCACUUGAUUGCCUAAAGAACAUUCGAACAUUGUGUUUGGAUGGGUGCCAGCUAGAAGAUGUAGCAAUAGUUGGAGAACUAAAGACAUUAGAGAUCCUUAGCUUUCUGCGAUCUGAUAUCGAGCAGUUGCCUGGAGAAAUCAGACAGUUGACUCAGUUGAAGUUGUUAGAUUUGAGCCAUUGUUUAAACCUUAGACAAAUUGCACCAAAUGUCAUCUCCUGCUUGUCUCAAUUAGAAGAGCUAUAUAUGGGCAAUAGCUUUGUUCAAUGGGAGGUUGAAGGAGUCGAUAAUCAAGGACGAAGAAAUGCUAGUCUUGGAGAGUUAAAACGAUUGUCUAACCUAACAGCUUUACAUCUUCAUAUUCAGGAUGCUGGAGUUAUGCCACGAGACUUGUUCUUUAAGAAGUUGAAAAGUUAUAAGAUAUUUAUAGGAGAUAAAUGGAAGUGGUCCCAUAAAUAUGACCUUUCAACUUCAAGAAUGCUCAAACUUAGGAUCAACAAUAGUACUUGUUUGGGGCCUGGGAUUAAAGCUUUGUUGAAGAUGACUGAAGAUCUUUCUCUAGAGGAAAUGAAUGGUGUUAGAAAUGUUCUUUAUGAACUCGAUAUGGAUGGUUUUCCACAUUUGAAGCAUCUGCUUGUAAAAGAUUGUCUCGAGCUUUUAUAUAUCAUUAAGUCAGAUUGGAGUAUCUCUUUGUAUCCUCCAUGGCAAAAAACCUUACUCAGCUACAAGAAAUUGAAGUGA